CUGACCCAAAACCACUGUUGCCCUUCACACAGAGAAACCAUAGCACAGAAGUGUGAAAAUUGCCCAGUGACUCAGAGAGGGCAUGUGGCAGAACCAGCAGAGAUCCUAGCAGUAUGUGUCACCCCCACAGGUGCUCUGGGGACUCCCAGUUAUACUGCACCCCUUUUCCCUCUAUCCCAGCUGCGUGUCCCCCUCAGGACCCCACAGCAUGGAACCAGUCGACAAUAGCACAGAAUUCUCUGAGUUUUUCCUGAAAGGAUUUUCUGGGUACCCAGCCCUGGAGCACCUGCUUUUCCCUCUGUGCACAGCCAUGUACCUGGUGACACUCCUGGGGAACAUGGCCAUUGUGACGGUGAGCGUGCUGGACACCCGCCUGCACACACCCAUGUACUUCUUCCUGGGCAACCUCUCCAUCCUAGACAUCUGCUACACGUCCACCUUCGUGCCCCUGAUGCUGGUCCACCUCCUGUCAGCCCGGAAGACCAUCUCCUUCGUGGGCUGCGCCAUCCAGAUGUGCCUGAGCCUGUCCACGGGCUCCACGGAGUGCCUGCUGCUCGCUGUCAUGGCCUUCGACCGCUACCUGGCCAUCUGCCGGCCCCUCAGGUACCCCGUGCUCAUGAGCCCCCGGCUCUGUCUGCUGCUGGCGGGAGCCGCGUGGGGCCUCUGUCUCGUGAAGUCGGCGUCAGAGACCAUCAUCGCCAUGAGGCUGCCCUUCUGCGGCCACCGCGUGGUCAGCCACUUCACCUGUGAGAUCCUGGCAGUGCUGAAGCUGGUGUGCGGCGACACAGCAGUCAGCGAGGCCUUCCUGCUGGUGGGGGCCAUUCUGCUGCUGCCGGUGCCCCUGACGUUCAUCUGCUUGUCCUACACGCUGAUCCUGGCCACCAUCCUGAGGGUGCCCUCGGCCGCCGGGCGCCGCAAGGCCUUCUCCACCUGCUCUGCGCAUCUGGCCGUGGUGAUGCUUUUCUACGGCACCGUCAUCUUCAUGUACAUGAAGCCCAAGAGCAAGGAGGCCCACGUCUCUGACGAGGUCUUCACGGUCCUCUAUGCCGUGGUCACUCCCAUGCUGAACCCCGUCAUCUACAGCCUGAGGAACAAGGAGGUCAAAGAGGCUGCCAAGAAGGUGUGGGGCAGGAGACAGGCCUCCAAGUGAGGGGGUAGGGACCCUGCAGAGGGGUCUACAUGGCUGCGUCUGCCUCCAGUGAGGACAGGAAUGAGGGCAGGGCUGGGGGUCUGGAAGCUUCAUGCAGAAAGGGAGCACCAAGUCCCACUGGUAAGGCUACAGUAGCUCCCAGAUGCUGCUCUCUCCCUAGAACUGCCCCGGGUCAGUUUUGCUGUUGUUGCUGUUGUUGUUGUUGUUGUUGUUUUGACUCCAGGGUUAUCGCUGGGGCUCAGUGCAGGCACUAAGAAUCCACUACUCCUGGCAGAUUUUUUUUUAAUUUUAUUGGGUAGGAAAGAAAGAAAUUGAGAUGGGAGAAAGAGAUAGAGAGAUGCCUACAGACCAGCUUCACCACUUGUGAAGUGACCUCCGUGCGGGUGGGGAGCUGAGGGCUCAAACCAGAAUAAGGUUUUUGUUUUUGUUUUUGUUUUUUUAAUAAAUGAGCAUUAUCAGUAUAAAGAUGACAAUACCAGAACCUGUGUCUUUCCCAACUCUGAGCAGAGCUGGGUUGGAAUUCGUAGGUAAAAAGAGUGGCUUAGCGCCCCCUGUGAGGUGGCAAUAGAGACCGUGCUAAGCCUCAGUCAAGAUGCCCAGUCUUCUCUAACCACCACGACAAUACCCCCAGCAGCCCAGGGCCUGGGUUCCCAAAUCUCCCCGUUCCCAGUAGCCCAGCAGGUCCCAGGGCGUCCUGGCUGCCACCUAAGCCUCAUUCAGGGAGUCUGGCUCCUUAGGUGUGUUGGGAUCAUCUGGAUGUUGGGAGCUCUAAACAUGCCAGCUCUUCUGCCCCCUGGUGGAAGGAGUUCUCAGUCCCCCUUCUGUCUCCUGUUUCCUGUGGGGGUGAGAACAAAAGAGAGAGAACUCUGACUUUGUACAACUCCACAAGUCACAGCUAGAGACACUCAGUCUUCUGUGACCAAGCCAGAGUGAAAGCCUUGGAGUUCGGGGCUCAUCCUCUGGGCAUUGAGGGUUUGCAAUCAGAUUUACUUCUAGAAAGAUCACUGAUUAGAUGCUUUUUCCACCCAUGAAAUUGGUGAAAUUUUUUCCACUUUUUCUUGGGGGGGGUGGUCCAGUAUAGUUGCCGACACAUGGUAUGACCCUCCCCUCCCCAUUGUAGGUGUCUGCAAGACACUCUCCACCACUUAGGUCCUCUUCCAUCACCACAUCCCGGGACUCCAGCACCCCUCAAUCCUAUUCCUCCCUCUCCUUCCUCAGAGUCCUUUGCUUUGGUGCAAUCCACCAAAAAUUGGUGAAUUUUCAAAUGUCUGUUGUUACCUAAGUGGAAGUAGGUGAUGUCAUGAACUGCUGGAUGGGGUGGGAAUAAAUGACAUAAACUUCAUGGAAACUCUGAGUCAAGAGAUUUAAGAUUUCCAGAACCUCUCACCCAACACCUGUGCUUCUAGAGAGUUAGUAAAAGAAAAUACAAAUGAUUAUUCAUACAAACAACUAUGUACAAGGAUUUUAGUUACAGAGUUAUGUCAGAAACAAACAAUUAUAAGAAUCUCAAUGUUAAGUCAUAGGAGGAUGGGUGAAUAAAUCCUGGUAGAGUCCCCUGAUCAAAUAUAAUGCAGCCAUAAGAAAUCUUAUUUUUAAUAUGAUAUUUAAGAAUGAGACAAACAUGUAAUUAAUUAAAUU